AUGGAUGUGAACGGCGAUACAGUCCGCCUGAAAACGGGCGUCAUGAAUAAUCCGCCCUUGUACAUAACAAGGAACACCACUACCAGGGCUUGGGCAAUUGGAACAGACGUGUUCACACUAAAUGCUACCCGUUAUCAGUGGGAAAUGCCCAUUAAGAUUAUUAACCCUACAAUCAUCAACCGGGACAGCACGACAAGCUUCGUUGGGGUCACACAACUGCCGGCACAUGCCUAUGUCGAGAUUCAGAAUCCUGGGAGUGGUUGGCAAUUCAGUAUCCAAGAGCUGUACGACCCUCUCUUCGCCGUGCUUCACCCCCGAAUCAGAGAUUUCACCCAAGCUGGAUCGAGAUUUGUAGAGGCAUUACAGGCAGGCGUGUCAGCGAAUGUCCAGGAUGAAACUGAAAUAGCAACUUUGCUUUCUGGAGGAAUUGACUCUGGUGCCGUAACCACAUUUGCUGUACGAUCCGGAGUCAAAGUCACUGCAUAUAGUGCUGGCUCGCCAUGGGGGAACGAACACGAAGAAGCACAGGAGCUCGCAGACUUCCUUGGCAUCCCACUCGUUCGAAUUGAGCUUUCUACUGACGAAAUACUGGCCGCAAUUCCAGCUUCGAUGCGUGCUCUUGGAACGGCAAAUCGUGUUCAGGUUGAUGUAUCUCUUAUUGUAUCUGCGGUGAUGCGUAGUGGCAUUAUCAAAGAGAGGCAUAUUCUCACAGGAUACGGGGCCGAUCCCCUGCUACUGGGCCUACCGCCUGACUGUCACGAAGAAGAAGUGUUGACGCAAAGCAUCAUAUCGGAGGCUGAUGGUGCCCGUCAUAGCUGCGAGUUUACUGAUGCUGUGGCUCGUACUUGGAACAAGAGGGUAUCUCAUCCAUUUUGGCACAGCGACGUAAUCAAGACUGCAGUGGAUAUCCACCCGCAUUGCAAAGUUCAUGAUGGCCGGGAGAAAGCUUUCUUCCGAGCCGCCAUGGAAAGGUACAUGCCAAAGUCAGCUGUUUGGAGAUAUAAAAUAGGCAUCCAUCUUGGAGGGGGACUGCAAGGCGGUCUGGACAUGCACUUUGGUGGCGUGGAUCAAAAGACCAAGGCGUACACCGAAAUCUUUGAGUCUAUCACGGAGACGCUUCUAGAGGACCCCUUUGCCAACAUUGAUGGCUUACACCUGAAAGUAUGCAAGAAGUAUGUCAAACAGCCCGUCUAG